GAUUUGGAUCCUACGAUCAUGGCUCAGCCUUUCGAAGCUGUCCUUGUGGAGUCCGAGGAGGAAACGAAGGAGCCCUUGCAGCGUCCAGAAUCGCCGAGUGCCCGCACUUGGGCCAGGGCGGGAGAGCAGAAGUCGUUCUCUUUGGUUCAAUAUGUGGCUUUGGUGGUAGCGAUUGGCCUGGGCGUCGUCGCGGUCAUGGCCUGGCCUGGAACACAGAAGUGUCAGCCUUUGAAGUUCGGCGACUUCCAGGUCAAAUCUGACGUAGACUUGGAUGCGCAGAUGACUCUGAAGGCCAACGCGCUGAAGAGCGUCACGAAGCGCAAGCUGGCCGAGAAGAUCGUGAUGAAGGCCAUGAAGCACACCGGGCGCAGGUUCUCCAAUCACUUCGACAAGAAGCAGGAUCGAGCACUGCCGGCAAACCCU